UCGUUCGGCGAAGCAAUUCAGUGCAAGAUGAAGGUACUCGCAGUGUUAGCUCUCUGUUUAGCAGCCGUAGCUGCCGGACCCGAGGAAGAUCUUUGGUUACGUUACAAUAAACGAAUGCCCGAUGCAUACUAUUUGGCGAAGCGCAUUCCAAGGCAGCCAUACAAAGGACGUGUUGUUGGCGGAAUUGAUGUGGAUAUCGAAGACUUCCCGUACCAGUUGUCUUUGCGCCGUUCAGGAUCUCUAUCCUGUGGAGCUUCGGUUAUCUCGAAUCGUUGGGCACUGUCGGCUGCUCAUUGUACUUUCCCGUUACCGAAUGUUUCCAUUAUUACACUACGUGGAGGAACCAACAAUCGUCUAGAAGGAGGCAUAAUUUUUGACGUUGACCUGAUUGUAAACCAUCCUCAGUACAACGAUGCCAAUUUGGAAAAUGAUGUUUCUCUUCUGCGCACCGUUGAACUUUUGGAAGGACCAAAUAUCACACCAAUCGAAUUAGUUCCAGCGGAGACCUAUUAUCCCGGAGGUACCCGUGCUGUCGUAUCUGGUUGGGGUCUUACCAGCGUGCCUGGAUCACUACCCGCGAUAUUACAAGCGGUAAACAUUCCGGUUAUUGACCAGGUUACCUGUGCAGCACAGUGGCCGGCUGGAUGGGUUACCGACGACAUGUUAUGCGCAAGUGAACAAGGUCGGGAUGCCUGUAACGGUGAUAGCGGAGGUCCUCUGGUUACCGGCGGACGCCAGAUUGGUAUUGUUUCGUGGGGUACCCCUGCCUGUCAAGGAGUUACUCCGGGAGUUUUCGCACGGGUUGCUUUCCCACUGAUUCGUAACUGGAUAGAAGAGGUCACCGGAGUUUAAUCAUGUGAGCUUGAAUAAUACGCUUUUCUGUUAGAUGUUGUGAUUUGGAGGAAUGUUUGAUUGUUUUGUAUAAUAUAUAAUAUAAAAAUCUUAUAUGGCAAUAAAUGUUU